AUGAACUGGGAAUCACGCUUGAGAAGCCGGUUGAUCCUCAGCGAUAAACAUCCAGUAUCUCCGCAAGAGCACCUUACCUUCGCGGAGAACAUAGACUUUGAGCCUCCUAUCGAGACCAUUCUCGAGCAAGGCCAAGAGGAGGAAGACUACGCUCACCCUGGAGCAGCUGGCGAAGGUGAGAGCUCAGGCGACGUGGAGAACCUCAUGGACUACAAAACCGGAGAGUUCCACUUCAAGAACCACGAGAUCAAAGGGAGGAAGUCAGCGGCUAACACCGCACUUGAGAGCAUCAACACGCUAAAAGCCUGGAACCAGUUCCAGGACAAAGCGAUCAAGUCCCUCCUCAAGACCGUGAAGAAGAUGGGGAAGCGCAUCAAGCAGCUGACCAAGGGCAAGAGCAAGUCUCCCAGCCACGACUCCGACAACACUCCUCCGAUACACCUCGGUUCCUAUCAUGACGACGACGUAGUCGAGGACUCCGAAGAAGGUGAUGAAGGCUCCUCCAAAUUCCAAACGGCAGAGACCUCAACCAGGAAGAGGAAGGCCUCGAAGUCACCUCAAGCGAGCACCAAAGGUGCCCUAGUUCUAAGUUGUUUGGCGCUUUUGAUAGUUCUUGAAGUUAAGGUUUCGGAGCUUAUGGCGAAGGAGGGACCGGAGGUGAUGAUCGGAGAUGGACCAGAAGGAGAUCGGAGUAAUCGGAUGGCAAAACAAGCAAGACGGAACAGAGCCUUGAGCAAAAGGAAACAGAGUGCUUGA